AUGCAGAAGAAUACGCUAACGGGCGUUUUGCCUCCGGCUGAGAUGAAAGGCUCGAGGGCACCGUCCAGCAAAAUGAAAACUUACCCUCGUUCGUGUGUGACCAGAGCACGAUUUUACCGAGCCCUUGAGAAGGCGCAACAUGAAUCUCAGAGGCUCGAGCAGGCAUUGUGGUCACAGAACCAUGCAGGGUCGAUGUGGGUUCUGCCGCAGACACUCCAAGAACUCUACAACUUACGACAGCUACGUCGACUUCAAUCCAACGCCCUGGCCCGAGCUAGACAAUUGGUCGAGAGUGAGCGGAAUAUACCCCUGAGAGAGCCGAUGGAAAAUAUAGAGGCAGCCAAAUGUGACCGGUGUGGAACAGAGGCACCAGAAAUGGUCCUUGCUCUAUGUUUCCAUCGCUUAUGUCGGGAUUGUGAUGGAGCUGGAAUACCAGGCGCUUCCGACGAUAUGUUUCAAACCUGCAAGAUCUGCUCUCUUUAUGGUUUCCAGCAGCCCCGGAGGACUUGA